GUCAAACUGUCACGUUGUAACACGAGGAUUAGCGAAUAUCGAGAGCAAGAGUUAGAGUUUUCCUGCGAUGACAGUUGCCGAUUAAUCGUCAAGCGAGAGAAGGGUAUAAAUAUAAUUAUGUCUAACAAUAAUAUCACUUUACCGAAAGCUCCUAAGGACUUGUGCUUCUCCGAACUCGAUUUCGUACAGGAAAAUUUCGAUGUCGACACAUUUCUGCAAGAUCACAGGAAGAAUGGCAAACUGGAGACAAUGCGGGAUGAUCUUGGCAUGUAUUUGAAAUUAUUAAGAUCGGCAAUGAUUGACCUAAUUAACAGGGAUUAUACGGAUUUCGUGAAUCUGUCUAGCAAUUUAAUCGGGCUAGAUAACGCCAUCAAUGAUUUACAAACACCGCUUGGACAGCUGAAGGAAGAAGUUAUGCAAGUGCGACAAGCUCUGGAUGAUGAAAUAACAGCUAUUUCUGGCAAUUUAAAUGAUAAUCUGAAGAUAAGAGAACGCAAGCAAAGUUUGCACAGUUUACAACAUGUGUACAAGUCGCUGAGGAAGCUUUCUUCCAUAUUAUGCAUGAAAACAUUUAUGGAAAAUCCCACAAAAAUCGAUGUUCUGGAGCAGGCUGCAAUUGAAUUGAAUCAAUUAAAAUUCCAUAUGUCUAGGUGUAAAUCGGAUAUUUCAGUUGAUCAAGAAAAGGAAACCAUAGAAUUGGAAAAUUUAUAUGUAACAUGUCUGAAUGAAUUAUUCUUGGCAUGUAUACAUGAGAAGAAUUCCAGUUUGACAAUUCGUUGCCUUAGAAUUUAUCUUAUGCUUGACAAAAUAACAAAUGCAGAAGAAUUAGUUAGACACGAACUUGUAAGGCCAUUAAUUUAUAAUGUAGUUAACGAAGAUAAUCUUCAAACUGAUCCACUUGGCCUGCAAAGCAUUUAUCAUAGGUUACUGAAUAUUCUAAAUGUAGAGUUGAAACAGUUGUUAGAUAUCACAUUACAUCCUGAGAGAAUGUCUGUGAAAGGAUUUAAUUUUUUGGUGAAUAGCUUUUGGGUUGAGAUCGAAGAAAAAAUUGAGCAAUAUAUAAAAUCCAUUUUUGCUCCGGGAGAUCCGGUACUAUUUCAUAAAAGAUAUACAGCUACGUUAGAGUUUUUAACAAAGUUAGAAAUAGAAUGCAUUACGCCCGAAAUUUUGGCAGCACUGAGAAAUCAUCCACAAUACAAGAAUUUUCUCAAGAAAUGGAAUUUGCCAGUGUACUUUCAAAUUCGAUUUCAAGAGAUAGCCGGCACCGUAGAGGCAGUGUUAGCUGAGCCAAUAUCGCCAGAUUCAGUUAAAGCUAAUUUAAUAUCUCUAACGCAAAAAGAGUUCUCGCUUCAUGCAACCGAUGUGGUCUGGGAUAAUUUGCUUAGGAUUUGGACUGAUGACAUCUAUUUAUAUCAACUAUUUCACAGAUUCUGGAAACUCAGUCUUCAAAUAAGCUCGAGAUAUCAAACUUGGUGUCAGAGUGCAAUGAAACAAAUAUGGCCAGUGAUAAACAAAACUAAUAAUUCAAAUGAUUCGGAACGCUCUACGAGAGUGAACUUUCUAGUGUAUUUGUAUAUUGAUAUAGAAAAAUUGAUAAAUGCUUUACCAUCUUUCUUACAAAUGGUACAGUCAAAAAUUAAAGACGAGACUGUUACAAUAUCGAAAUUACUAGAAGACUCUCUAGGUGAAACAUCGAACAGUCUAUCCAAUCUUUUGCCUUUAGUUACGAAAGAAAUCGUGAAUGAGCUCUCAGAGCAAUGUGUAACAUACUUGAAACAAGUUAGCGACAUUCCUCGAUUGUUUAGAAGAACAAAGCGAGAUGUGCCGACUAAACCUUGCCCUUAUGUAAAGAGCGCAAUGAUUCCUCUUACAAAUUUUUAUACAGAGUAUAACAAGGUCAUUCCCGAAAGUAUUAUUCUUUGGUUAGAACUAACUUUAUCCUCGUUAACAGAAAGUUAUUUACUAUUCGUUACGGAUGUGUUAACGUUUGUACAAAAAACUGAGGAGAGUUUGAGGAGAUUGAAAAAGAUUCGUGACAAAUCCACUGAAAUUCUUCCUUCGGAACCACAGGGAAUCAGCGAUGACGAAAAAAUACGUAUUCAACUUAAAGUAGAUGUGAAUAGUUACACAAAUAUGGUUAAAGAUCUUAAUAUUUCAACUGAUAACAUACAUCAUCUGCAGGAAUUGAUAGAUGCUGUAGAAGCGGCUGUUAAAAAAUGAAAUUUGCCAGCAAUAAUUGUUUAUUAAAUUAUAUAAAAUGUACAGUUCAAGAAUAACUUAAAUACGUCGUCAAUUAGCAAGUUAUUAGUCACUGUAAA